CGUUCGGCGCAGUGUUCUCUUCUUCUUAACCCGCAAGCACACGCGCGGCGCCGGCGAGGCCACACGAGCACCAGUCAGCCGCCACCGCCAUGCGGCUCCCCGCCGGCGCACGCCUCGCGCUCCUGCUCGCCCGCCGCUCUCUCUCCUCCUCCGCCUCCUCCUCCUCCCGCCUCCCGCGGGCGCACAGAGGGAUAUGGAGUGACGCAGCACGCGUGGUGCCCUCCCGGAGUUCGCCCUUCUCGUCACCGAGUAGCGCCCACAGGUUCUUCCACGGAACCAGGCCGGUGGCGGCAAGGGACUACUACGAUGUGCUCGGCGUCAGUAAGAACGCUAGCCAAUCAGACAUCAAAAAGGCCUAUUAUGGGCUUGCAAAGAAGCUUCAUCCAGACACGAAUAAAGGUGAUGCAGAUGCAGAACGGAAGUUUCAAGAGGUUCAACGAGCUUAUGAGACUUUGAAGGAUGAACAAAAAAGAUCAUUAUAUGAUCAGGUUGGUCCUGAUCAGUAUGAGAAAGCUGCUUCUGGUGGAGGCGGAACUGGCUUUGAGGGUGGUUUUGGAAAUCCAUUUGAGGAUAUUUUUAGUGGUGGCGGUGGCAGCGGUGGAAUGAAUGAUUUCUUUAGGAACAUUUUCAGGGAUAGGGACUUUGGAGGACGAGAUGUUAAGGUUGCACUUGAACUAUCAUUUAUGGAAGCAGUUCAAGGGUGCAGCAAAACGAUAAACUACCAAACGUCUGUAAAAUGUGAAACCUGCGGUGGAGCUGGUGUGCCUCCUGGAACCAAACCUGAAACAUGUCCAUCUUGCAGGGGUUCAGGAUUUAUGUUCAUGCAAACCGGGCCCUUCAGGAUGCAAUCAACAUGCACAAAAUGUGGUGGUUCUGGGAAGACUGUGAAGGAAUUCUGCAAGACAUGCAGAGGAAACAAAGUUGUGCCUGGAACGAAAUCAGUCCACCUUGACAUACUGGCUGGUUCGGAUAAUGAGGAUACUAUAAAGGUUGUUAGAUCAGGUGGAGAAGACCCAGACGGCCGUCCAGGUGAUCUUUAUGUGACCCUCAAGGUUCGUGAGGAUCCUGUAUUCCGUAGAGAAAAAGGUGAUAUUCAUGUUGAUGCUGUUCUGAAUGUGACUCAGGCAAUUUUGGGAGGGACAGUUCAAGUCCCAACUCUUAGUGGAGACGUUGUUCUAAAGGUCAAACCUGGUACUCAACCUGGUCAGAAGGUAGUUCUGAGAGGAAAAGGGAUCAAGGCAAGAAACUCACCAUACUAUGGAGAUCAAUAUGUCCAUUUCAAUGUCACCAUCCCUAUGAAUUUGACACCAAGACAGCGGGUGCUGAUUGAGGAAUUCGCGAAGGAAGAGCAAGGCGAAGAUGAGAAGGACGCGAAGGCAGCCGGGGCAUCAGGAUAGCCUAUUUUAGGAGCCAAUCCACAUUCCAAUAGUGCCUUAGCUGAUCUUUAUACCGUGAGGUAGAAUAGGCUGCUGCCUGAAAUUCGCAGGCAACAUAUAGCUGGUUGCAUGGAAUACUGGAAUUUCCACCGCAACAUAUAGAUCUUUGUUUGGGAUUUUGUAGCUGGAAUAAUACUAGAUCGCCCGUGCCUGAUAUGUUCAAUCCUAAGCCUAAUGCUAGCAGGGCGUGCAAGGACUCUUGUACAAUUUUGUUGAUCAGGGUGACCAGAUGUAAAAACACACGGUACCAAUGCCAAUUCAUGUUUUCUGUCGAGGUUUUGGCUUUUAUUAAGAGAAGAUGGACUACUGUAGUUCCUGGUUUCUGUCUGUUCUCGACGAAAGAUGUAAUUCCAAUUCCGUGUUGACUGUUUCCAAGAAAGAAUAUAUACUAUAGUUUGUGGGUUGGCAUGAA